CUCCGGGCUAGAGGCGGGAACGUUAAUACAAGUAUCAAUAAAGUAUUAAAUUCCAAUGCUACCUAAUAGGUACCUUUAUACAAAUGAUUUGUAUAACAACGAUUUCAAAUUAAAAACUUACCGUGAGAUGUUAGUUAAAUUAUCUCUAUAUAAAACUAGUGCUUGCUGCGAUAUUAAUAAUACACAAUAAAGCAAAUUAUUCCCAAAGUACAACCCGUGCAGAAGGUAUUAUUGAUUUUUUUUCCAACUUAUUUAGUAAAAUAUUUUAAUCGAGAAAUUACCGCACUUACACAAAUAAGUGAUAUUAUGUGGAAUAUUAUAUUAUAUAUUUGAAUCGCACAUUAGUAAUUGUUUGCACAAGAUCACCAAAAAAAAAAACCAACAUGAAGAAAAUGUUGAAAUUAGUAAAAGGUGGUAAGAGGGAGGACAAAAGCGGCGCUAAUACUCCAUCAGGCGAUGAGUUAGAAGAUGAAUUAGACAGCACUAUGUAUUGUUAUAAAAUUGAUUCUGAAGCUGAAGAUAAAAUGAGCCGACUGCAUAGAGCUGCUUGGCAUGGAAGUUUGGAAAAAGUCAAAACUUUGUUGCAGAAAAAACCAACUGACGUUAAUGUUGUUGACAGUUUUGGUCGAACACCACUGCACUUGGCAAUGGCAAAAGGUUACUAUAAUAUUGCUUGGCUGUUAUUGAAUCAUAAUGCUAACUUAGAAUGCAUCGACUGUGAUGGGUAUACACCGUUCUUGAAGGCUGUAGAAUGCGGCCAAAAAGAAUGUGUUCAUCUAAUAUUGGAAAGAGGUGCUGAUGUAACUUGCACUGAUACACAUAAAAACACAGCUUUACAUUUGGCUACGAAACAAGGUUCAUUUACUAUAAUAUCUAUGCUAUUAAAAAAGGGGAUUAACAUUAACGCACAAAAUUCUGUUGGAGAAUCAGUUCUACAUGUUGCAUGCUCAACUGAAAAUCGGGACUUAAUAGAAUUUAUUUUAGACAAUGGCGCAUUUGUAAACAUAUUAGACAAACAAGGACGUACACCAUUAAUGUUAGCAGCCAAACUAGGAAAUAUGUCUAUUGUAGAUUUAUUAUUAGAAAGAGGAAGUCAACUUGAUACACAUGAUAUACACGGUUAUACUGCAAAAGAAUAUGCUUCCAAAGAAGGAUACUCUAAAGUUGUAAAUCAACUUUCCAUGCAAAAAAUGAGUAUUAUGGCUAGAACUAGAUCUAAAGAAAACUUUUUGGAUGACUUAGAUAAAGUUGAAGAAAUACCAAUCAAAGAGAAUCAACAAAGUUCUGAAAUAAAAAAAGAUAAUACUUUCAGUGAAGAAAAAAUUACAAAAAGUUAUGAACCCGACUCAAUAAGUCCUAAAGAAACAAGUAUAAAUGUUUUACAAAAAGAAGAAACUCUUAAUGUAUCUGGUGGCCAAAACGAAGUAAUUCAAAAUUAUUUAAUAGUAAAUAAAGAAGAAAACUUUUUAAAUGAUUCAAGCAAUGAAAAAGAAAGACUAUUAUCCGAUAUUAUUUUGCCAUCUAAAGACGAAGAAUCUGUUUCCCAAUGUACAAUGCCACCACCAAUGGAUCCUCCUAGAAGUUGGGAUUUUAUUCAAGCUAGCAUUAAACAGACCGACGAUAGUAAUGACAAAACUCAAAAAGAAAUUCAAGAAAAUAUUGUUCAAAUUCCUGAACCUAUUGUAUGUCCAGUAAAUACAGAUGAUUCAGAAUUAGAAUGGGGAAGUAAUGAAAGUCUUCCAACCGAUCCUAAUCAAUCAUGUCCAGAUAUAGAUAUGAAAAAAGAUAAUAAAAAAACAAAUGCCUUUUUGAAUUUGAUUGCAGCUAAAACAUUGAUGAGUAAGAACAAAAACAAGGUUUCUACUUCAGCAGAUAACAUCAUCAAGAGUACCUCUCCCACUACUAGAAAACAUGUAAGAAAUAAGUCUACAACUUCAUUAGGUACAAUUAAACUAACUGUUCCCUCUGAAGUGAAUGAAGCACUGCAUCAGCUCAGUCCAGAAAUGAAUUUUGCGCAUACCUCAUUUGGAAAAAGUAAAUCAUUUACUGAACACAUAACCAUUGAAAAUCUUGAAAACAAUAAUGGAGAAUUCGAGCGCUCCAAGUCAUUAUGUUUGGAAUUAAAAAAUACUAAUGAGGUUUUAGAAAACCAGCAGAAAGAUUCAGAUAGUCAAAGUGAUGACAGUUUACGUUCCAAAAGGAGUCUUUUGUUAUCUAUGAGAAUGCCCAAAGUUCACGAUGAACACCAUGAUGAAGUACAAUUGGAAGUUAAAGAUAGUGAAACUUCUGAGGAAGAAGGCCCCCAUUAUUGGUAUAGCCCAAAUAAAAGACGUGAUAAAAUUGUACAACAGGAUACAGUAAUAAGAAAUAACAGUAAAUCUGAUGACAGCGACUCAGAAGAAAUUAAUUUGCCAAAAUCCAAGUCAACUCCUGGAGAAUUGUCUAAAACUCGUAUAACUGACGAUUCUGAUUCUGAAAAUACAAUUUCUUUUUCAACAAGUCAUGAAGAUAUUUAUGGAACACAUAAACGUACAAGAUAUGCUUUAAAAAGAACAGAAUCUCUUAAGGCUUACUUAAAGCGAGUUACUAUUGACAAAGAUAAACUUCAGCAAGAAACUGCUGGGUACAAAGAAAUAACAGAGCUGUUGAAAUACAAAUUAGAAAAUCUCAAACAGGAAAUAUCUUCACAAAAUGAAAUAACAAAAAGACUUGAAAAUCAAUUAGAAGAACUAGACACUAAGUACACAGAAGCUUUGAAUCGAAUCCAAACUCUUGAAUUGUCAACUAAAAAUUUAGAUAAAGAAAAUCAAUACCUUAAACAAAUUAACAAUGAGCUAACAUCACAACUAGAUUAUAAAAGUGAGCAUAAAGAUCAAACAACACUAAAAGGAGAUAAUAUUGCAACUGAAUCUGAUUUGGAUGAACAAAUACAGCUAGCGAGCAAUGCACACAAAACUGAAAGUACUGAAAUAAUUUUAAAUUUAAAGAAACUUUUAAAGAUGGAACAAGACAGAAGAAUGGAACUUGAUGAAAAAAUUAAACAUCUUACUAAUGAAGUUGGUGCUCAUCAAUCAUGUGGUCCAUCAUUAGAACUACUAAAAGAAAUGCAACAUAAAAUGUUUAAAGAUUACGUGCCAAAAAAGGAAAUAUUAAAAUUAAAAACAGAACAGGAAAGAAAAAUUAGCAGAGUGAAGUUUGAGUCGGAUAAAAAAUUAGCAGAUAAAUUUUAUGACCUUAAUAAACUAUUAUCCCAACAAAUGGAUCAACAAGAAAAGUUGGAAAUGCAAAGGGAAAAAAUUGAAAGCCAGUUAAAACAUGAAUUCGAAAAUACUAGAGAGAGAUUUCAACUUGAAAUUGCAAAACUUCAGACCACCCUAAAAACUAAAGAAAUGGAAGAACAAAUAUUGAGGGAAAGGUGUGAAAUUCUUUCACAAGAAAUUGAAAAGACCCAAGACCACAAAUGGAAAAAAUUAAUUGACAAAACAUACAAUAUAAGUAAUCAGCAGAAAAUGUCUCCAGAGAUGUUAUUUACUUCACAAUGUAUAACACCAGAACCAAGCCCUACUUUGGAAAAAAACGAUAGUGCUGUAAGCAAAUACCAAUACAAUGUGCAAAAACUUAGAAAUGAAUUGGAUAAAACUAUUACACAAAAUAUAAUUGCGGCUCUUGGCGAUGAAAAUUUAACAUCUGAAGAAUUAAGUAAAGAAGAUUAACUCAGAGUUACCAUAUAAGUUUUACUUUUUAAAUUAACAAAAAUUAUACCAUACAUUGUUAUAUGUAGUUUGACAAUUUACUGUG